AUCAGAUUUGCACCUCGGUCGGAGCCAAUAUCGCCUUGUGUAAGGGAUCAUGCGACGCGCAUCCGUCCAGACGAGACAAAUCUGUAGGCUGUAUUCUUCAGUCCCAUCGAAGCCAACAACUGGUUUGCCUGAGAGUCAUCCAGAGGCUUGGCGACAGGACAGAGAAAAGUACAAGGAUUUAGACAGCUUUCCCGGUGGACGCCAACCUCCAAGGGACUUCAGGAUGGGACCAUAUGCGAGUACUAUGGUCAAAGAUCCAGAAACGGGCAAGGUCUAUCCGAAGGGAAAGUUCUUUGCACAUCCUCGAGAUGAUCCGGUGACCUUCGUGGUGAACUGCCUCAUUGCCUUAACCACGGUCUGGACCAUCAGUCAGCUCUCCUGGGGUGAGUCCUUCUUCGAGAGACGUAAGCGUGUGCUGCGAGAGAAGAUCAGGCAAGAAUAUGGCCUUCCAAAGGGUUGGGAACAUGACAUUGAAGAUGAGGAGGAGCUGCCUCUCUCAGAUGCUGAGCCCGUUACCCCCGCGGAGCCCGUAGCACGCUGAGGCUCAGGUCGCGGCGGUCACGGCAGUCAUGGCGGUGCUACAGACAGCAGGAGCUCAGCUGCGAAGCAAAGA